AUUCGCCAUGUGAAUCAUGGGGGCUUGGUAUCCAGGGGUGUCCCCUUACACACCAUAUAAGGGCCCCCGGGGCUUGAGUGUUAUCGCUUUCUGCAGAAGGGAUCUAUUCUUAGGCUGUCUGUCCAGGCCAUCCGAGCAGAGGCUCCUCGGUGCCUGCCCGUAUCCGGGUGUUUGGUCAUCCCGACUACAGGGAGAAGAACUGAAAGGAAAGAGAGGAGUUUACUGAUCCGAGAAGAAGCUUUUCACAUUAAACUCUCUUCAAAAUGAGCAAUUACACAGUAACCCUGUCUGGACCUGCACCAUGGGGCUUCAGGCUGCAGGGAGGCAAAGACUUCAACAUGCCCCUGACCAUCUCCCGGAUCACACCAGGCAGCAAGGCAUCAAGUGGAAACCUCAAUCAGGGUGACAUAAUUACAGCAAUCGAUGGGGUCAGCACUGAGGGCAUGACCCAUCUGGAAGCCCAAAACAAGAUAAAGGCAGCCACCACCAAACUCAACCUCACCAUGCAGAGGUCGAGACGUCCCGCUCCUGUACCCACAGCCACUCCAAGAAUGGACUCACCCAUGCCAAUUAUCCCUCACCAGAAGGAAACCACAGACACUGAGGAAGGAGAAGAUGAAGAGAAACCUGUUAAAAAAUAUGGCAUCCUCUUGGCCAGAAAGCCUUCCAAAAAAUCUCUAAUUCCAAACACUGAGGAGAAUCCUCAGGAGAAUCUCCAACCUGUAAUUCAUUCUCCUGCUAAAAGCCCUGUCCCUACUUUUCUGCCAUUUGGGCAAGGGCCAAAAACCACCCCAAACCAGAGAAUACAGUAUAAUUCUCCCAUAGGCUUGUAUUCAGCAGAAACUUUAAGGGAAAUGGUCAUGCAACAAGACAGUCUAAAUGGCCUGCCAUGUUUGGGCUCACUUCCUAUUAAAGACCCUCUUGUGGACAGUGCUUCUCCAGUCUACCAGGCUGUGAUCAAACCUGACAAUAAAGAGAUGGAGAUGUCAGAUUGGGCCCGUCGUGCCGCGAACCUGCAGUCCAAGUCCUUCCGCAUCCUUGCUCAUAUCACAGGAACGGAGUAUUUGCAAGAUCCAGAUGAGGAGGCUCUUAGAAAAUCAAGGGAGAAGUUUGAGUCAGAGGUAAAAGGCCCACGAUUUGCCAAACUGAAAAACUGGCAUCACGGCCUGUCUGCACAGAUCCUUAACAUCCAGGGGUAAAUGCCACCUGAUGUUCCUAGAGAAAAGUACAAGGAAACUGAAAGGCGAUGUAAAGU